CCUUGAGCAUGUAGAGGAAAGAAGCCCCACUUCCUCUCUUGGGUGCAAGAAGUGCGGGCUGGUGCUGAGCAAGCUUUGCCUCUCCAUUAGCUGGGUUAUGACGUAGCAGCCAUGCUCUUCAAGGGGACUCUGAUGAUCCUCUGCGUUCUGCUUCUAAAUGCUGCAUUUGGCACAGAUAGAUGGUUGCCCAAUUCAACCAUUAAACCUGGAUUUCCUAUCAAUGUCAAGACCGAUGACCCAGGAGUUCAGCACGCAGCUAGGUUUGGAGUUUACAGAUACAACAACCUCUCCAAUGACAUCUUUCUCUUCAGAGAAUCCUGCAUUAGCAAAGCCACACUGCAGGUAGUCAGAGGCUUGAAAUACACAGUUAAUGUUGAUAUUGGCCGGACUGUGUGCACCAAAAGGACACACCCUGACUUGGACAGCUGUGCGUUCCAGAGGAACAAGACAUUGAAACAAACAUUCAGUUGCUAUUUUGAAGUCUGGAUUACACCUUGGCUGCACAGAGUCCAAAUACUAGCCUCCUUGUGCCAGUGACCUCUCACCAAUGAAGGCUCUGCAUGUUUGUCCUUCAACAACUGUUCAAUGGCUGGUAGUCAAUAAAGACACUGGAUUACAAACCAAAGAGUGGAUUAUUUGUUGUCAAAGGCUUUCAUGGCCGGAAUCACAGGGUUGCUGUGAGUUUUCCAGGCUGUAUGGCCAUGUUCCAGAAGCAUUCUCUCCUGAUGUUUCACCCACAUCUAUGGCAGGCAUCCACAGAGGUUGUGAGGUCUGUUGGAAACUAGUCAAGUGGGUUUUAUAUAUCUGUGGAAAGUCCAGGGUUGGAGAAAAAACUCUUGUCUUGAGGCAAGUGUGAAUAUUGCAAACUGGCCACGCUUUGAAAAUGAAAGGCUAUUCAAUGCUAAUCAAAGUGGCCAAUCACAACAUUCAAACUUGCCUCAAACAGACAAGAGUCCUUUCUCCCACCCUGGACCUUCCACAGAUAUAUAAACCCCUCACAACCUCUGAGGAUACCUGCCAUAGAUGUGGGUGAAACAUCAGGAGAGAAUGCUUCCCUCAACUCUUACGCAUCAAUUUUGCAUGGUUGAUAGGCGCCAAGUCAUCCUAUAAAACAAGGUGUGUCUGUUUAAAAAGGUGUGUUUACCUCAACACAUAUUUCUGUGAGUUCUGGGAACACUUUGCUAUGAGUAACCUGACGUCUUGGAUUUUGGCUGUCCUCAAAGUGUGUGCUUUUAAAAGGGAAUAGAAUGUCCUCAACUACUUGGCAUAUUUAAUGUCUUCUAUGGCCCCUUCCAUGCAGCUGAAUAAAAGCCCACAUUUUCUGCUUUGAACUGGGUUAUAUGGCAGUGUGGACCCAGAUAACCCAGUUCAAAGCAGAUAUCGUGGGACUUUCUACCUUGGUAUUCUGGGCUAUAUGGCUGUGUGGAAGGGCCCUAAGAAACACUGGGAUGUCUGUAGUGGAGGAAACACAUAAAAUCUAGGAUGAAACUGUCUCCAUAUGAAAGCCUUCACUUGGGUGAUGGGCAGAAUGGUGUUUGUGGAGAACAUUGGCAGGCUCUUGUACAUGUUCACAGCGCUUGCUAUAACCUGCAAUGUCAUUGGAGGGAAGGCCAUUGGAAGCUAUAUCUAUUUGUGGAAGUGGGAGCCUGUCUGUGUAAGUGGACACCCCAGCCACAUACACACAUACAUAUUUUCACUUUUAUUAUGUGUAUAUAGAUAGAUAUUUAUAUUAUCUAUGGAUGCUUCCACACAGCCAUAUAACCCAGAUGCAAUGAAGUACGAAUUUUGGUUUACAAAUGUUAUGUUUAAUUGUGUGUUUAUGUUUUAAAAGGGUAAGUAUUACAGUUAUUGCAUCUCAGCACUCAGAGGCUGGUUGCCAUGGAGAAGUAGGCGGAGCCAACUGCCGUUUAGUGGGAGAAGUGCAGAGUUUAAAAAAGAAAAUCAGUCUGUGCUGUGAUGAGGCACAGGGAAGAUUGAUUCCAGGUUGAUGGGAUCAAGGAGACCCAAUUGUUCAUUUUGAGUCGGUUUUGAAUAAGUUUGGUGACUUAUUUAGUGUAGUCUGUGUCCUGGAAAGGCACAGAGAAUCUGUGAUAGUAUAUCACAGGGGUGACUGUGGUUUAAAGUCACUGGAUAGUCCAAGUUUCAGACUUUGGGAACCAAUCCCAGCUGGACUCACAGAGAUCCACUGAAGUAACAGUGGCAGAGGAAGAAGUUUUAACUACUUUAAGUAAAAGAAGUGAUACUUUAGAGAGUUGAUUCAUCUCAUUCUAAUAUUGUAACUGUUAAUAAGAAUACCAUCUAAAGUGAGAACAUUAUAACCACUAAGCUCUGUGCCUGAAUAAACUUGUUAUUGUUCUUCCAACA